ACCUUAAAGAUAAAUACAUUGAUAUUAUUGAAGAACAAGAUAUUUUGGGUCCAGAGCUCCUCAAGUUAACUGGAAAAAAACUUGAAACAUUAGGAAUGCCAGUUGGACCUGCAAUGAGGAUUGUAGAUCAUAUGCAAAAGCUCAGUAUACAAUUAAAGCCGUUUUCAAGUUAUGCAUCUAAAGAUGACAUGAAAUAUGUCUUAAGCAAAUAUGGAAUCACUGAUUUAUAUAAAAUACUAUGUUUCAAACCAG